AUGACAAUGUUAUUUUAUGAAACACCAGUGGCAUUGAAGGAUUUGGACAAGUGGUGUAAGCCUUCAGCAAGAAAGUUUCAAUUUGACUCUUUAAAGAGAUUGAAGGCGUUACAUCUUAUCGAGGAAGACAACAGUGGAUCACAUAUUAGAUUGCAUCCUAUCUUCAGACAGAACUUCCGUGAUUGUCUAACAGGAUCACAAGCACGUAAUGCAUUCGGAAAUCUAAGCACAAUACGAGAUGAGCAUGAUGUUAGCAUCAAAUUCUUGGAUUCCUUUGCGCUCCAAAAAUGGGAAAGUAUAUUGCACUUCAUGGUUGGUACUGAAUUAAGUGUCACUCCCUCAAAUUCUGUUUUGUCAUUGUUAAAGCUGGGUGGUUUAAUGGAAGGAUCCACUAAAGGUGGAAACAGAUUAAAUAUUACUAAUUCAGGGUUUCAGUUUCUCUUACAAGAUAUCAAUGCCCAAAUUUGGACAUUAUUAUUACAAUAUUUAAAUUUAACACAAGACUUAAAUAUGGAUCCUGUGGAUGUGUUGAACUUUAUUUUCAUAUUGGGUUCUUUGGAAUUAGGUAAAGGGUAUACAGUUUCAAGCUUGAGCGAAACACAAGUAAGUAUGUUGGCAGAUCUAAGAGAUUAUGGAUUAAUUUAUCAAAGAACAGAAAAUUCAGAAAGGUUUUAUCCUACUAGACUAGCAACCACAUUGACCUCUGAUUCUGCUGCAUUGAAGUCCCCAUCCAUGGCUAUGGAGCAAGCUUUGGAAUCAACUACUGAAAACGAAGAACAACCAAAUUUGGCAUCGAAUUCAAACCAAGGAACAAUUAUUCUUGAAACUAAUUUCAAGAUUUAUGCAUAUACAAAUUCUCCGUUGGAAAUAGCAAUUUUAAAUCUAUUUGUACAUUUAAAGACUCGGUUUUCUAAUAUGGUAUGUGGUCAAAUCACAAGAGAAUCAAUUAGAAAUGCUCUAUAUAAUGGUAUUACCGCUGAUCAAAUCAUUAAAUUUUUGGAGACACAUGCUCAUUCUCAAAUGAAGAUACUAGCCAAAGAGAGAUUGGAUAAGAAAAUAGAAUUUGAUACCAGCAAUAAUAUAAACACAGCGGGGGGUGCUCCACAAUCUCAAAUGAUGACCAACGAAAAUGGUACUACGGUAGCUCAGCAUAAAUUGGAAGUAUUACCGCCAACAGUCGUUGAUCAGAUUAAGUUAUGGCAAUUAGAAUUAGAUAGAAUUCAAACAUUUGAAGGCUAUUUAUUCAAGGAUUUUGCAAGCCAACAAGAAUUUGAAGCAUUGAGUAAUUAUGCUUCAGAAAUUGGUGUCCUUCUUUGGUCAAAUAAAAAUAAAAUGAAGUUCUUCGUGACAAAAGACGGAAUUUCACAAGUUGCUGAUUUUGCUAGUAGAAAUCAAAGAAGAUGA